CUCCUACCUGUGAAUCUCCCAGCGGUCUGUGGAGCAGCGCUGACUGGAGCAGCUGAGGAAAGUGAACGGGGACAGCGACAUGUCAUUGAGAGCGGCAUAAUCGCCGAAACGCCGAUAUUUGAACGACUUCUUGCACCGAGCCUCGCAAGACUACAAAGAGCGGCUUGGUUCACAGCUGAAUAGCUUUGGAGACAUUGAUUAAGUUGGCGUUUAUGAGAGAAAUAUCGAUUAGACACCGCUGAGGCGACCCUGUCACUGGAUGGACGACAGAGAGCUUGUUCGUACACAAGCCGCCUGAAGAGACAGCCGUUUCUCUCACGAACCCCCCUGCGUUCUGACUGAUAACAACAUAGACCACACGAAUAUUGGUUUUAGACUCCAUUUUAUUUUGAAGACAUGGAAAAAGACGAGGAAAACCCUUCAAAAUGAAAACGUGAAGUCGUCAUUAAUGCGGAUUUAAAUGUGUCGCGCGAGGGUAACUUAACGGACGCGCGUUUCCUCCUCACGCUCUCCAAGCUGCUGCAUUUCUCGCUCAAAAAUAUUGUUCCCACUGAGCGGACGUGGAUAGGAAAAUAGAGAAGAAAGAAGAGGGAUAUUUGAAGCAAUAUGGCUGAUGGCUGGGGUUGGGGGCGCAGGCAGGAGCUCUCCAAAGCUUCAUCUCAAUGCUAGCUGUGGCAGAUGGCAACGGAUCCUAUGGCAGCAGCCCUAGAAUGACUAAUAAUAUCAAUUUUAAUAAAAACACGGACUCUUCUGUCUCUAUAUCGAAGAUGGACCUGAUCAUCCCGUUCUCACCAGAAGUACCCUGUGAUAACAAUGGUCAGCGCAUGUGGUGGGCUUUCCUCGCCUCGUCCAUGGUGACGUUCUUCGGGGGUCUCUUCAUCAUCCUCCUGUGGAGGACCCUUAAGUACCUGUGGACGGUCUGCUGUCAUUGCAACAUCAAAAACAAGGAGGCUCAGAAGGUGAAUAACCAUAUGAACAGUCAGGCUGAUGGCCCAACGAAGAACCAGAAUGAUAAAGAGGAAGCCCCAGUCAGCGAGGUGGGCUGGAUGACCUCAGUCAAAGACUGGGCAGGGGUCAUGAUCUCAGCACAGACCCUUACCGGCAGAGUUCUGGUGGUGUUGGUCUUUGCACUCAGCAUCGGAGCUCUGGGAAUAUACUUCAUAGAUUCUUCGGAUCCUAUAGAAUCCUGUCCGAAUUUCUACAAAGACUUCACGUUACAAAUUGACAUGGCAUUCAACGUGUUCUUCUUACUCUACUUUGGCCUGCGCUUCAUAGCAGCUAAUGAUAAGCUGUGGUUCUGGUUGGAGGUGAACUCAGUGGUGGACUUCUUCACCGUACCGCCUGUGUUUGUGUCAGUAUAUCUGAACAGGAGCUGGCUGGGUCUGAGGUUUCUAAGAGCCUUGAGAUUGAUACAGUUCUCAGAAAUUUUACAGUUUUUGAAUAUCUUAAAAACAAGUAAUUCCAUCAAGCUGGUGAACCUGUGUUCCAUCUUCAUAAGCACAUGGCUCACUGCUGCAGGAUUCAUUCAUCUGGUGGAAAACUCAGGGGAUCCAUGGGAGAACUUCCAAAACUCUCAACAGCUCUCAUAUUGGGAAUGUGUGUACUUAUUAAUGGUCACUAUGUCCACGGUGGGAUAUGGAGACGUCUAUGCAAGAACCACUCUUGGACGCCUUUUCAUGGUCUUCUUCAUUCUUGGUGGUCUGGCCAUGUUUGCCAGCUACGUCCCUGAAAUCAUAGAGUUAAUAGGAAACCGCAAGAAAUAUGGUGGUUCCUAUAGUGCGGUAAAUGGCAGAAAGCACAUUGUGGUCUGUGGUCAUAUCACGCUCGAAAGUGUUUCCAACUUCCUCAAAGACUUCCUACACAAGGACAGGGAUGAUGUCAAUGUAGAAAUUGUUUUUCUUCAUAAUAUUUCCCCUAAUCUUGAGCUGGAAGCCUUGUUCAAACGUCACUUCACUCAGGUGGAAUUCUAUCAAGGAUCGGUCCUCAACCCACAUGAUCUAGCAAGAGUAAAGAUCGAGUCAGCGGAUGCCUGCUUGAUUCUUGCAAACAAAUACUGUGCAGACCCUGAUGCUGAAGAUGCCUCUAAUAUCAUGAGAGUAAUAUCUAUAAAGAACUACCAUCCAAAGAUCAGAAUAAUCACUCAAAUGUUGCAGUACCACAAUAAGGCCCAUCUGCUAAACAUUCCCAGCUGGAACUGGAAGGAGGGUGAUGAUGCGAUCUGCCUGGCCGAGCUGAAGGCAGGCUUCAUAGCCCAGAGCUGCUUGGCACAGGGCCUGUCCACCAUGCUCGCCAACCUCUUCUCCAUGAGGUCAUACAUCAAGAUUGAGGAGGACACAUGGCAGAAGUAUUAUCUGGAGGGAGUGGCCAAUGAAAUGUACACUGAGUAUCUGUCCAGUGCCUUUGUGGGGCUUUCAUUUCCUACAGUUUGUGAGCUGUGCUAUGUGAAGCUCAAGUUGUUGUUGAUCGCUAUUGAGUACAAGUCAGAGCAGAGGGAAAGCAGAAGCAGAAAGCGUAUUCUGAUCAACCCGGGAAAUCAUGUUAAGAUGCAGGAGGGGACAUUAGGAUUCUUUAUCGCCAGUGAUGCCAAAGAGGUGAAAAGAGCCUUUUUCUACUGCAAAGCAUGUCAUGAUGACAUCACAGAUCCCAAAAGGAUUAAAAAGUGUGGCUGCAAGAGAAUGACAUAUUCCAAGAUGUCCGUCUACAAGCGAAUGAAACUGGCAUGUUGUUUUGAUUGCGGGCGCUCUGAGCACGACUGCUCGUGCAUGUCAGGCAGUGUACAUAGUAACAUGGACAGUCUUCAGAGGGCCUUCCCACUUUCUUCUGUCUCUGUUCAUGAUUGCUCAACCAGUUUACGUGCCUCCAAAUACAAGUUUAACGGAUAUGUCAGAUCACUCGAAGAAGAGCAUCCAUCAACACUGUCACCCAAAAAGAAGCAACGCAACGGAGGCAUGCGAAAUUCACCCAACUGCUCACCCAAAAUGAUGAGACAUGACCCUCUACUCAUUCCGGGAAAUGAGCAGAUUGAGAACAUGGAUGCUAGUGUGAAAAGAUACGACUCUACUGGAAUGUUUCACUGGUGUCCAUCCAAAGAUAUUGAGAAGGCCAUUCUGACACGCAGCGAGGCCUCCAUGACGGUUUUAAGUGGACAUGUAGUAGUCUGUAUAUUUGGAGAUGUCACGUCAGCUUUAGUGGGGCUUCGAAACUUGGUGAUGCCUUUGAGAGCAAGCAACUUCCAUUACCACGAACUAAAGCCCAUCGUGUUUGUGGGCUCAUUAGAUUAUCUGAGAAGAGAGUGGGAAACCCUUCACAACUUCCCCAAAGUCUCCAUCUUACCUGGUACACCAUUAAGUCGAGCUGAUUUAAGGGCCGUCAACAUCAACCUCUGUGACAUGUGCGUUAUCCUGUCAGCCAAUCAGAACAAUAUCGACGAUGCUUCACUGCAGGACAAGGAAUGCAUCUUGGCGACUCUUAACAUAAAAUCUAUGCAGUUUGAUGACAGCAUUGGGGUCUUGCAGGCUAAUUCCCAAGGUUUCACACCUCCGGGGAUGGAUAGGUCAUCUCCAGAUAACAGUCCAGUGCACGGCUUAGUGCGGCAGGCAUCCAUCACCACGGGAUCAAAUAUCCCGAUCAUAACUGAACUUGCUAAGCCUGGCAAACUAUUGCCUUUGGUUUCAUUCAGUCAGGAAAAAAACAGUGGAAACAACAUACAAAUGAUAACAGAACUGGUGAAUGACUCCAACGUUCAGUUUUUGGACCAAGACGACGAUGACGACCCAGAUACGGAGCUGUAUCUGACCCAGCCGUUUGCCUGCGGUACCGCGUUCGCCAUCAGCGUGUUGGACUCCCUGAUGAGUGCGACUUACUUCAAUGAUAAUAUCCUCACCCUGAUCCGGACGCUGGUCACAGGAGGCGCCACUCCGGAGCUGGAGGGCCUUCUAGCUGAGGAGAACGCACUGAGAGGUGGCUACAGCACGCCGCAGACGCUGGCUAACAGGGACAGGUGUCGGGUCGCCCAACUGGCCCUCUACGAUGGGCCCUUCGCAGACUUGGGGGAUGGUGGUUGCUACGGAGACUUAUUUUGUAAAGCAUUAAAAACGUACAACAUGCUGUGCUUUGGAAUCUAUAGAUUGCGAGAUGCACAUUUAAGUACACCAGGCCAAUGCACAAAAAGGUAUGUCAUCACAAACCCACCUUAUGAGUUUGAGCUGGUGCCCACGGACCUGAUCUUCUGUCUGAUGCAGUUUGACCACAAUGCGGGCCAGUCCCGAGUGAGCCUGUCCCACUCCUCCCAUUCCUCUCAUUCAUCCAGCAAGAAGUGCUCGUCUGUUCACUCCAUCCCCGCCACGAAUCGGCAGAACCGCAGCAGCAAAGCACGUGAAGCCCGUGACAAACAGAAUGCAACAAGGAUGAAUAGAAUGGGCCAAGAAAAGAGAUGGUUUACAGAUGAAGCAGAAAACACAUACCCAAGUAACAUUCAAAUGAAGCCAAUGAGCACUCACAUGGCCAACCAAGUCAAUCAGUACAAAUCCACUAGCAAUCUGAUUCCACCUAUAAGAGAAGUCGAAGAUGAAUGCUGAAAGAAUCCCCAGCCUUUACCGUUAUGGAGGGACUUGGGUCAUCCUGCUGUAAAAGAUGAGCGCUAAUUGCAAAACCAUGACUGAGAUGAUGGCGACACAUUGUUCUUCCCUUAUUCAACUCGAGGUUUUGAAGCGAUUGAGAACUGGAAGGGACUUCCUAUAUGUAUAGCUUUAAUGUUACUUCCAUACUUUUAUACAUGUAUACAUAGUGAUGUACAUAAUGACAAUCAAGUAAGGAUUGUACAGCCCCCUAGCACUUUUUAAAACUGUUAACAGGCAAACAAAAAAAAAGAAAAAAAAAGAAAAAAGUACUUCCUGUGAUUCACUGCAAUAUUUCACCUCUGCCGUGACCUGACUCCAUGCAGAGGGCGCUAUAAUGGAGGGUGAGGGUCACCGUCAUUCACGUCAUCCAGACACUACCCAAAGAUCAGUCCUGCCGAUAGAGUUACGUAUCCAUCGUCCUUUUCAUUUUGCACUAUCAUAUAAGUCGAGCACUGCCCACAGAAGAGUCAAAGCGUUCCCUCGGUUCUCCUCUGAGUUUGGGGCUGACGUCUCAGGCUGAAGCUGUUAACUGAAUGGUUUUGUUCAAGGAAACGAGUGUUUGCCUGACUGUUUUCAUGCAUGGUGUGUGCUGAAGGCUGCUUGAAGUAACCUGAACUUAUAGCUCUGGAAAGGAUGCCCAUUUCCAUCCCUACAGACUGUUUAGGCACAUAUACACAUGGAAAUAUUUGUUGUACCUAAUGCAAAUGGCCAUCCCCAACGUAGCUCUUCGGAACUGGCAAUACAUUGAGGAUAUGCACUACUUCUGUUGAUGUCUUUCCAUCAUCUAUGACUGCUGGUGUGGGAUCUGUCUGUGGAGGAUUAUAUCAUGUUUGUUUGCAUCUGCGGCUCUGCUAUUUAUAAGAUUGAUUGAAACUACUGUAACCUGCUGAUAAUUCAACAAUGAUUGAGCUUUAACGCUGUGAAAAAAAAGUUGAGAAUAUGAGACAGUAGAAUACAGUUGAAAAUGCCACAUAUUGCAUAAAGUGGGCAUUAUUGGUUCCUCCUUUGGGUGUAGCCACUGCCUGACACAGGGUUGGCACAGGGGCGGAAAAGUGCUUGGAUGUUCCCUGUGACCAACUGUGAUGCCUUAUACUCUAGAGCAAAAAGCUCAAUCAUAAUGUUCAAUUAUCAGCCAAAGAUGUAACUUGUGGACGGCUCUUGCUGUGGACUGAAUGGAUUUGAACGUCACUCACUUACACGACAAUGUUGUACCUUUAAGUAGAACGUAUAAUGAUACAAAUGUUUCACAGAUCUUUGAACGUUGCUGCAAGUGCUCUGUCAGAUUUAUACACAAGUACAUACUUAUUUUUUAUCCAUGAGCGUAAUCAUUUUGUACUUAUUUUUAUACAUAUCAGAGAACUUUAUUUCUAAAUGUAUCUUAAAUAUAUCUUAAUAGCAAAUCACGGGAACCGUCAAAGAUUUGUGAACCCGAGUCAAAAAGAUACAAUUUCAGCUUGCCAUCUGGAGUGCUCUUUGAUACUUAGACGGGUUGCUUUGAAGGACCUCGAGCUCUACUACUAAAACAACUUAUAUGCUUUCAUUUUCAUAAGCUAACUGAGGUGAAAACCACUAUUGAAUGACUGAUGACACGAUGCUGAUCCUCAGACAGACAUGAACUCAGAGAUGCACGUGAGGAGGGACUGCUCUUUCUGUAAUGAGUCAUAGUAAUAUUAGCGAUGUUUGACCUAAAGUCUCUGUAAAGAGAAGAGCGUGCUGAAGUACUUGUACUGAAGCAAACACAAUGUGAUCAGAUCAGCAGUGAACUAAUAGAUUAUAGAUGCAAGAAAAGAGACAUUAGCACUCUCCAUCCAUUGAGCAAAAGAAUAUAAAUGUUAUAAAUUCUGCCCGUUCUAGUCCACAUUUACUUUAAGUAAAAUGAUCUCAGCUUUGAUUAUCUACUGGACAAUUAGGCUUGUGAUUUUCUGAAUUGUGAUUACAUUGGUGUUGCACUUUGUAGCAAGUAGAUUUCUUAAUAAAUUAAGAAAAAAAAAAAAUAAUACAAAUGUGAGUAACUCUGUUUAAUUGGAUUGUCUAUGUACUUGCUAGCCUAAAAGAAAAUAUUUUGAGCUAAAAAGAAUCCAUUGGAGUUAAAGGUCCAAUUUAUUUAUUAAUUUUUUUCUUCUAUGUAAGGUCCUUUUCCUGUAACAAACUACAUUACAAAGAAAGGCCGAUGGCGCAGUCAAGUUUCAUCUGAUGACAAAAGUGUAGAUGCAUGUUGAGACAAGCAGAAAGCAAACUAGCUCUUUCUUUUUGAGGAUUAUUUUCCAUAAGGUUUUUACAUUCCAUUUUGUCAUCAGCAUUUCAAUAUUACUAUCACAUAUAGUUUGAAAAUGUCAAAAUUGGUGGUUUGUUUACAGAUCUUUUCUUUCUUUUUCAAAACACAUACUCAGGUAGUGAUCCUGAUGACAAAACUACGAAGUAAAGCUGACUUACAUUUUUUUUGGUACCUUUCGUAGGCCUGAUGAAAGUUUGAGGUGAUACUGAGAUUUCUUUUCCACUGCAACAAAUGUGCAGUGUUUUAAUAUCAUGCAAUUUAUUUGUACAUCUUGUGAAGAAACUACAGUGUACACAUAUCAGAGUUUCUACAGUGCCAUGAAAUGUGUCCAUCUGCCAGCAUCAGUCAGUCAUUGGUCAGUAAUACUGGAUGAAUAUAAUGGCAUCUGAUACUGGCAUGGAGAACGUCCAAGCCAUCCUUGCCUCCAUGCCAGGACAGUGCCAGGCAGUGCAGGAAGACCAAAGGAGGAACCCUGUAAGACCCACUAGAGCGAAAAGUGGCAUUCAAAUGGGCAUAUGACACUUGUGCCUAUGCAAGCUGCUGAAAUCCUAGCACCUUGGUUAUAGAUACUGAACAAGUCAAAAAAAGGGGACAGCAAUGACUGAAAGAUGCUGAGUAGAACUAUGAUGUUUAGUUGGAUCACCUGUCAAUGUAUUCAGGAGUGUUUAAUUAAAGUAACAUAUAAAGCAACCUUACUUAUGUGCUAUGUUAUACACAGCUAUCAUAUUUUGGCUAUUUUAUUCUAUUGUUAAAGACAGAUUUAAGUUUUAGAAACUGUAUAAAGAAAAUACACUGUAACAGAAUAAAUACUUGGAGGGAAUCAAGUCUUAACAUGCUUAACUUGAAUAAGGAUUACUGUUUUGUCACUGUCUUUUCUUCCACUUCAAUAAAUAAUAAAAACAUCCAUCCAUACAUGUAAUUAUUGGCAUAUUCAUUACUGGAAAAUGGGGUUUCUCAUAGCAGAAUGACUGAUUUGACUACCAGAUGUGAAGAAAUUGAUGGUGCUGAGCUGAUCUACCUGACUCUGUCAAAUAUAACCUGCUGAUAAAACAUACUUUCUUGUACAAAAAAAACUGUACAUAAAUUGUACAUGGUUUCUUUUUGUAUUUUCUCAAAUUAAAAUUGAUGUAUGUGUGUUCUA